AUGGAACGCCUCUUGAUGCGACAUGCAUAUCAAUUAAUUACGACGGUCACAUUUGGCUGGGUUUUCGGUGGACACCGCGACAUUGGGGAUUGGGUAAUGCAAUUUGGGAUAUUACAACAGAAUACAAGACCUGGGACUGGGACCGAUUGCAAAUCGCUGGAAUCGCUGGGCAACCGGACGCACUGCCAUCGAGCCCGUGCAGUUGGCCGAAUUUAUUCAAAUCAGUUGAAUUCCGCGCGGGGCAGCGUAUAGGUGUCUCCUGUCCUCCGAACAUCGUAUCAAUUGCAAUGUGCAAAUACGUCUUAAUUGCUGCACUGGCCGUAAUGUGCUCCAUGGUCCGGGUGCGAGCCACGCUGCACGAUCUGCCCGGGGUCUUUGACUUCUCCAACGUGGACCUGGUGAACUUCCAGUACUUCAAAAACCUGGCCUCCCAGGAUCCUCGAACCGCCGCCACAGCCAAUCCGUUCCUGGAGCACUUCCAGAAGAAGAAGGCGGUACUGGACUACCUGGACCGACUCUUCUUUGGCAACUCGCCAUUCCAGCAGCCCAGCGAGAUUCCCUUCGAUCCGCACUUUGGCCGCGCCUGGCGUCCAGUCUACGAGCGGAAGUUCGGAUACCGCGGGGAGCGCCUGAUAGCCGCUCUGGGCUCCGGUUACUCAGUCCCCCAGCUAAGGCACUUUGGAGCCAUUCCGCGGGAGUACGGCACUUCCCACUAUCCAAGUUGAGUGCGUAAAGUACCCUCAUCGCUCUAGAUAGUAUAUUUAUGGAAUAAACUUAAGCUACGAUCCUUUA